CUGAAGAGAAAACUCGCAGUCUCCCCUGCUCUCCUGCUGUGGUUAAGCUGAACAAGGAGAAAAGUUUGUGUUGGCCAUGCCGGAGAAACAAGACACCCCUCUGGGGCCACUGCAGCCACAAACACGAUGCCUUCAGUGUGGACACAUGCUGGAGUGGUCAGAGGAGCACAGUGUCCUCCUUGGCUGCUCAUGUUGUUCUACAGUGGAUGAGACUAUUGAGAAAGUAGCCAAAGGCCUGGCUAACAAAAUGAAGGAGAAAACCCACUGGGCAGCUGGGAGAGUGGGUGACAUUGACUUUAUUGGACCUACAAAGACUAAAGGAAAGUUUGUGAGGGUGUGCAGCAACACAGACCCAGUUUUGAUUUACAAGAUGCUGACAGAGGACUGGGGCCUCUCUCCUCCACACUUGGUAGUGGCGUUGGUGGGAGGAGAUGAGCUGGCUCAGAUGAAGCCCUGGCUCAGGGACACUCUUAGAAAAGGACUUGUGAAAGCUGCACAGAGCACAGGGGCAUGGAUUUUAACUAAUGGCCUUCGCUUUGGCAUCACUAAGCACUUGGGCCAGGCAGUAAGAGAUCACUCCCUGGCCAGCACCUCCUCUAAAGUUCGUGUUGUGGCCAUUGGCAUCGCACCCUGGAACAUGAUCCACAACCGAGAGGCUCUCCUCACUGCCAAGGUGGAUGAGCCUGCAGCAUACACACCACAGGACUUGCCCCAUGGUGCAGUGUAUUCCCUGGACAGCCACCAUUCCCACUUUGUGUUGGUGGAAGAGGAUCCCAACAGACCAGGAGCCACCAGUGAAAUGAGAGUGAAGCUUCUCAAACACAUCUCCCUUCAGCGCACUGGUUAUGGAGGAACAGGAAGUUUUGAGAUCCCUGUUCUGUGUCUCCUGGUCCAUGGGGAGCCCAGAAUUCUAAAGAGGAUGUGUAAGGGCAUUGGAAAUUCCACACCGUGGCUGAUUCUGGCAGGCUCUGGAGGCGUGGCUGACAUCCUAGUCACGCUGAUGAACAGAGGCUGCUGGGACGCAGACAGCGUUCAUGAGCUGCUGUUGGACACCUUUCCCAAUGCCCACCACAGCACAGACAUCAGUAACUGGGUCAAGCUGAUCCAAAAAGUACUUGAUCACGGUCAUCUUCUGACUGUCCACGACCCUGAACAGGAAAGCUCCGAGCUGGAUACUGUCAUUCUGAAAGCUCUUGUCAAGGCUUGUAAGAGUCAAAGUCAAGAAGCACAAGACUUUCUGGAUGAGCUAAAGCUGGCAGUGGCCUGGAACAGAGUGGACAUUGCCAAGAGUGACAUCUUUAAUGGAGAUGUGGAGUGGAAGGCUUGUGACCUUGAGGAAGUGAUGAUGGAUGCCCUCAUCAACGACAAACCAGACUUUGUGCGCCUCUUUGUGGACAACGGGGUGAACUUGGGGGAGUUCCUCACCUACGGUCGCCUACAGGAGCUUUACUGGUCUGUGUCGGAGAAGAGCCUCCUUCACAAUCUGCUUCUGAAAAAAUAUGAAGAGAAGCAGCUCUUGCUUGGGGCUGCAAGGACACCUGGUCCGCCAGGACACCAUCCCUCUGAGCAAGGGAAACCCCGCUUCACCCUGUUUGAAGUCGCCAAAGUCCUGAAGGACUUUCUGCAUGACUCCUGCAAAGGCUUUUAUCAAAAGAUGCCAGCAGAGAAACCACCAAAGGGCCGACUGUUCCAUAGCCAGAAGAACCUGCCUGAGCUGGAGGAGCACUGUGAACAUCCUUGGCGAGAUCUUUUUCUCUGGGCCGUUCUUCAGAACCGACAGCAGAUGGCUAACUACUUUUGGGCCAUGGGCCCCGAGGCAGUUGCAGCAGCCCUGGCAGGAUGUAAGAUUCUGAAAGAGAUGGCACGCCUGGAAUCUGAGGCUGAGUCUGCACGCAGUAUGAAGGAGGCCAAGUACGAGCAGUUUGCCCUUGAUGUCUUUGGAGAGUGUUAUUCCAACAGUGAAGACAGGGCCUAUGCUUUGUUAGUGAGAAGAACACACUGUUGGAGUAAAUCCACUGUUCUCAACUUGGCAACUGAGGCUGAUGCCAAAUCUUUCUUUGCCCACGAUGGAGUUCAGGCUCUCCUCACAAAGCUUUGGUGGGGGGCGAUGACGACAGACACCGCCAUCUCCAAACUUGUGGUCUCUUUCUUCUUUCCACCCCUUAUUUGGACCAACCUCAUUAUGUUUAGUGAUGAAGAACUGGAUAAUCGUGAUGGUAAAAAGGAAUUUGUGGAGCUGGACAGCCUUGAUACAGAAAAGGCUUUACUGCUAACAGAUGACGAUGAUCCUUUGAAUGCUGCACCUGGAGGUCAGACAUCUCAGAGCUGUGCCAGUGUUUGGUGGCGCUUCCUGCUCCGCCGCUGGCGUCGCUUCUGGAGCGCUCCUGUCACUGUGUUCCUUGGCAACGUCAUCAUGUACUUCGCCUUCCUCUGCCUCUUCACUUAUGUUCUUCUUCUGGACUUCAAAGAACCGCCCAAUGGUCCUAAAGUUCCAGAGAUAAUGCUCUACUUCUGGGUGUUCACCUUGGUGCUGGAAGAAAUUCGACAGAGUUUCUUCACUGACGAAGAAAUGAACAUCCUAAAGAAGUUUAAGCUCUACGUAGAGGACAACUGGAACAAGUGUGACAUGGUGGCCAUCUCACUCUUUGUUGUUGGGGUUUCCUGCAGGAUGUCGAAAGACACCUUUGAAGCUGGACGGACAGUCCUGGCCAUAGAUUUUAUGGUUUUUACUCUACGUCUCAUCCACAUCUUUGCCAUACAUAAGCAACUCGGCCCCAAGAUCAUCAUUGUGGAAAGAAUGAUGAAGGAUGUUUUCUUCUUCCUCUUUUUUCUGAGUGUGUGGUUAAUUGCUUAUGGCGUAGCUACACAGGCUCUUCUCCACCCUAAUGACCCAAGGAUUGACUGGGUGUUUCGUAGAGCCUUAUACCGCCCUUAUCUGCACAUAUUUGGCCAAAUUCCACUGGAUGACAUAGAUGCUGUCCGAAUGCCAGAUAUUAACUGCACCGUUGACUCAGAUGAGAUUCUCAAGGGUCUGCUACCGCCGUGCCCCAAUAAGUACGCCAACUGGCUGGUCAUUCUGCUGCUAGUUAUCUUCCUUCUUGUCACCAAUGUGCUUCUGCUCAACCUCCUUAUUGCAAUGUUCAGUUACACCUUCCAAGUGGUGCAGGGUAAUACAGACAUCUUCUGGAAGUUCCAGAGAUAUAACCUGAUCGUGGAAUACCACAGCCGGCCUGCGCUGGCCCCACCCUUCAUCAUCAUCAGCCACAUCUCUCAGCUCAUCCUCUGCAUGGUUAAACGGCCCGAGUCCAAGCAAGAACAUCUUGAGAGGGAGCUGCCAGCAGGACUAGACCAGAGGCUCAUAACAUGGGAGACGGUGCAGAAAGAGAAUUACCUGGCAAAAGUGGAGCGCCAGCACUGGGAGAGCAGUGAGGAGAAACUCAAGACUACAUCCUCGAAGGUUCAGAGUUUGCUAAAGAUCGUUGGUGGUUUUAAGGACCAAGAGAGGAGACUGGUAUCAGUGGAAGCUCAGGUUCGAUAUUGUGGAGAAGUGCUGUCCUGGAUGGCGGAGUGCUUUGCACAGAGCACACUCAAAUGUGACAAAGAUGCUCCAAAAGCUCCAACAUCUCUAACAGGCAGCAAGACAGACCGCACUGCGGACACACCUCAAAGUCACUCUGAGCAAGAAGCCAGACAAGAAGAGGAAGAACCCAAACCUGGUCACCCGGGAUAUGGAGCCAACAAGAAAUUUCCAUACAUUGAUGAAUAAUAGUCACAGCACUAACUUGUAACAAAUGCCCAGUCCAAUCCUUCUUCUUAUCCUCCUUGCACUUCUGUUUUUUGUGUGGAUUAUCCUUAGUUUUGGAGCUGCAUGACUAAUGAAAGGAAUGAGUACAUUACAAAGUCCAAAUUAACAAAAUGGAAUAUCAGUUUUAUUUCAGCAGGUUGCUAAAACGCAGGUGCUACUUGUGGAUCCUAAAAUGUGGGUUCCUAAUGAUUACAGAAAGCAACAUUUUAACAAGCAACAAAUAACAAUUUUAAGAAGCCAUCCCAUAAUAUUCUAAAACUUUAAGACAGUAGCAUUGUUUACAUAGUCAAAUCAAAUGACAUCGUUUGCAAAGAAGAAAACAAAAAGUAAAAUAAGCAUUUUGCUUCUCAACAAGCAGCAAACUGCUUUGCAGUAAAAACUUAUGUUAAAUUUAUAUUUACUAAUCACAUUAUCCAGGAAUAGGUAUAAACUAUCAAAUAUUAUUUGAAAAUUAAAUUUCUGCAGCUAAAACAGCAGAAAAAAACAAUGGAAGCCAUGGAAUAUCUUCUAUGAUGUUCAAUGAUUGUAAAUCUUUUUUUUUCUCAUUUCUGAUUAUGAUUGGACAUUUUAAAGAGUACACCAGGUUUAAAUACUUUUGGCAGUGAUUUAAGGAAAAUGUAUGAUGUGAAGUUUUUAUUAAAGCACAGCUUAGAGUUAUAAUCACUUUGUUCUUCUCAGAAAUGCUGAAACAUCAUCCCACAUGCACUGAUUUAAAAACUUUCCACUAAACAUCCAGUGAACUGUAAACCAGGGGAUGUCGGUCUCUCCAUUUGGCUUAAUUAAAUAAUAAAAUUUUUUUGUGGUAGAAUCUUUUAUGCGUUAUAUAGGAGCACCUUAUUUGCUUCACUUCCUUCUAUCUCUUCAUGCCUUUUUAUUUGCUAAGUGGCAAUUUAGAUUAUACAGCUGUUUUUCCUGAUGUUUUGCAGCAUUUAUUGUCGAUAAUUUCAUAUCAAAUGUCGGAAUACAAAAUGUGGACUCAAUAAAAUCAUUUCCACAUUUC